AUGUCUAUCACGGUCACCACUACCAACACGACCUCGCUAUCCGUUCUCGCCGACUAUGAAGUCCACCACAGCGGCGCGGAGGAUGCUCUCGCGCUGAACCAGUCUUCUCAGCCCCAACAAAAUUCUCUGCCAACUUGGCCGACUCAUCAUCGUCGAAUUCCGGCUUAUCGACCUACGAAUAGAGAAUUGGAUUAUACGCAGCGGCCGGCAGGGAAUGGUAAUCCUGCGGAGUAUGCUUUUAUUCAGAUUAUGUUGCAUGGUGUUUGGCUUAAUGCGUCUGCCGCGAGGCUUUGGCGGUUUACUGGAGGGAGGAUCAAUGAUAAGAUAUUCCACUACCAAGUUGGCGGGGAGUGGUGA